CAAGUACAAAACAAAGUGAUGCAUGCGUCAUAGCAUCACCAUCUCGACUCGCUGAAUCGUCACACUAAUCGACGCUCGCCUGCAAUAUUUGCUUGUCUUUGGUUGGCGCUUCUUCUUUUAGCGUGUGUUCAUAACAUCGGAACCGGGCCUCGGAAUAUCAAGAUUUCUUGGCCGCAACAUUAGUGAUCCAUCAAGCUUGUUACACCAUCUCUAUACAGAUGACAACAAGCUUGUAUCUCACACGGUCCAUGAUUUUAAGAAACCUGAUGUGGUCGUGAUAAAUCCCAAAAAGGGACUGUCUUCGAAACCAGCGCAUCUCAUUUCGCCUACAAAUUUCGGUCUUUAGCGACCAAGUGAGACCAUGGCCCCUCAGACCGAUAUCCCCGUCGCGGCCAAUGUGCUUGGUACGAUAGGGACAGUUCUUUGGUGCGUACAAUUAGUGCCUCAAAUAUGGACGAACUGGAGAACCAAAAGGACUGAAGGACUGCCCGGAGCAAUGAUGUACCUGUGGGCGCUAUGUGCCGUGCCCAUGGGUGCUUAUGCUAUAAUACAAAACUUCAAUAUACCAAUCCAAGUACAGCCGCAGUGUUUCAUGGCGCUGUGUCUUGCCUGCUGGUGUCAGAUUCUUAUAUACAGCCGGGGCUGGCGAACAUGGACAGCUACACUUGUGGUUAUCGCAAUGGGCGCCACGUUUGCUGCCGUGGAAGCUGCAUUGAUUUUGACUCUACGGCCGCUCUAUGAGGCUGGCAACGAAACGGGAGUUCUUGUCGUAGGCAUUUUAGCCAGCAUCCUACUCGCCGCGGGUCUUUUACCGCCGUAUGGCGAGAUUUGGAAGAGAAGAGGACGAGUGAUCGGCAUCAACUGGAUCUUCUUGUCGUUGGACAGCGGCGGAGCAUUCUUCUCUCUUAUGGCCCUCGUGGCACAGAACACAUUUGAUAUCCUCGGAGGCGUGCUUUACAUUGUCUGCUUCGUAUUAGAACUUGGAAUCUUCCUGUCGCAAAUCAUAUGGCUCCUUCGCACGCGCAAAGUCCGCAAGGAGGCGGCUGCCGAAGGCAAGACUUUCGACGCCAUCCUUGUUGAGUGCGAAGAGGCCGGGACUCCGUUCAGAUUUGCUGAAAGGAGGAGUAGGCGCAAGAACAAGCCAGGGGAUUCAGAAACAAGCCAGAACCAGAAUGAUGUUGAGUUGUCGAACAGUGUGGACGGAAAUCAAUAGACCCCAUUGCGGUGGCACUGUUAUUGGAGUUUGAUAUGCAAGCGUUUAAUGUGUAGAGCGGAACUACAAAAAUGGCUUGCCUGCCACUCUACCUGACUCGCCACGUUAUCGGUUCCGACAUCACGAAAGUGGAGCUCCCAAGACAUGCAUCGGUGCUUCCGGCAGGCAACACCU